CUAAUUCUUGCCGUUGAAACGAUCAUUUAUAUAUUUGGUUCAAGUUUAAUGACAGAAAUUACGUCAACGGUUGUGCCGGCAACUGGUGCAAACGCGAUUCGAUUAUUAUUUGUGACCGAGCUUUUUCCUCCAUCGGCAAGAACGGUUGUAGGGCAGGCAAUGUUAUUUGGAUCAAUGGCGGUUGGUAUGCCAGUGGUAUCACUAUUUCCCAUAAUCAACUCAAUAUUUUCUCCAAUAUUUUUCGUACCAUUUGUGAUUGUGCAAACAGUAUUUGGAAUUUACUUAUAUAGGUAUAUGCCAGAAACACGUGGGCGCGCUGUGUACGACAUCAUUGAAUCCAUGGAUAAGGACGUGGCUUCCAGGGCGGUUUCUAUCGACGAAGAGAAUACACCGCUGAUUAAAAAUCGUGCUAGAACUCUUGCAACAAAACGGAAUAGCAUAUUGAACACACCUCGUACACGGGCAAUGACUUUUGAUCACAAGUUCAUUUCAGAGAACUGCACCUAA